AUGGUCUCUAGGAAUACCAUUGUGUCGUAUAUUGAGAAAAUAUAUAACAAAGAGAAGAAUAAGCUUAAGGAUAUCUUGGGUAGAAUUCCAAAUAGAAUUUGUCUUACUUCAGAUGUUUGGACAGCAUCUACUAGCGAGGGUUAUAUUUGUUUAACUGCUCAUUUUGUUGAUGAACGUUGGAGGUUAACCAGUUGUGUUCUCAACUUUUGUCGAAUGAAACCCCCACAUAAUGGUAUUGCAUUGGAAGCCACUUUGUUUGAUUGCUUAAAGCAAUGGGGAAUAGAUAAGAAAGUAUUUUCUAUUACUUUGGAUAAUGCUUCUUCCAAUGAUAACAUGCAAGACCAUUUGAAAAAACAUUUGUGUGUACAAAGCAAUUUGCUAUGUGAUGGUGAGUAUUUCCAUGUUCGAUGUUCAGUGCAUAUACUCAACUUAAUUGUUCAAGAGGGUUUAAAAGUGGCCAAUGAAGCACUCAAGAAAAUUAGAGAAAGUGUCAAGUAUAUUAAAGGUUCUGAUGGAAGGAUGAUUAAGUUUAAAGAUUGUGUUAAUGAUGCGGGAAUAAGCCUUACAGGUGGUUUAAGGUUAGAUGUGUCUACAAGGUGGAAUAGCACAUAUUUAAUGCUUGAAAGUGCCUUAAAAUAUAGAAAAGCAUUUGAGUUUUUCCAGGUGGCAGAUAUGAAUUAUAAACAUUGUCCAUCUGAUGAGGAUUGGGAAAGAGGGGAAAGCAUAUUGUGGAAAGUUCAGUGCAUCUUAGAAGAAAACCAAGAUCAAGUUGAUGAUGUUAUAAGGGAGAUGGCUACAGAUAUGAAAACAAAAUUUGACAAAUAUGGGAAAGAAUAUAGUGUAGUACUAGCCUUUGUAGUUAUUCUUGAUCCACGCUUGAAGGUUCCCUUUUUGAAGUAUUGUUACACUACUCUUGAUGCUUUAACCUGCAAUGUUAAGCUUAAGAAUGUGGAGGACAAAUUUAGAGUGCUUUAUCAAGAAUAUGUGAACAUUUUCAAUCAUCAAAGUGUUGUCCUCUCUCAAUCAUCCCAAGAUUCCAACUCAUUGUCUAAGUCAUCUAGAGAGGGAAGCAAGACUAAGAAAUGUAAAAUCAUAAGUGGUUUUAAAAAUUUUCAGAAUCAACCUAUAUCUGACACUGGGAAGAGUGAGUUAGAUGCAUAUCUUGAAGAAAAGUCAAUUGAAGUUGAUGAAGAACACUAUGAAGAUUUUGAGGUACUUCUUUAUUGGAAGAUUAAUGAGAAAAAGUAUCAUGUACUCUCCUUAAUGGCACGAGAUGUGCUAAGUAUUCCUAUCACCACAAUAGCAUCAGAGUCUUCCUUUAGUAUUGGUGGACGUGUUCUCACCAAAUAUAGAAGUUCUACUCUUCCUGAUCACAUUUAA